AUGGCCUGUGCACGGACCCAUCGGCUUGCGAGGCCUCGUGCCCCAGCGGAAAAGGAGGCUUUCUAUCCUUGUCAGGACAAUGUAUCUGCCUUCCCAUCAGAGCGUCCAACGCAAUUUGUGAUCAAGAGUGCAGGCCUGCAAGAGGAGGCUAAAACAUCUAAGGGUUCAACUGCUCGCGCGCUUCCGAAACGAGGUUCUAGGCGGCUUUCUGCAGCCGGGACUACUCCGGCAGUACAAUUCCCCGUACAAUGCGUGCAACUCUACGAUACCGUUGCCUGGUGGGUGGGCGAUCAAGUGUACCCAGUAUUUCUGAAGGAUUCGCUUCUGAACACGAAUGCUGCCAUCGACAUCUCCGCCUUCCUACAGUUAGCCUCCGCCGUUGGAUCCAACACCGACGCUAGAAGCUUUAAAGCUAAGAAAACUGUCACAUCCAACCUGGAAUACUUCGUCUACACAUUCGAUGUUGAAGGAGUCUUCGCGUUCGGAACAAACGAAGAUAACAGCCCGCAGGCGAUUUUCUCUGUCGUCGGCGAAGGAGUUCAAUGCCCAUCUGGUACUAGAUAUCCUGAGGCAACGACUGAUUCAUCUCUUGCGCAUCUAAGAGUCCAGCUCCAACAAAGCGUGAAUCUGGAGCCGGAUUUGACAAUAUUCUUACUGACAUUUGCCUGCCUACUAGUUGUUCUUGUCGUACUGCUGAUGAGUAUCUCGGAGGCACGACGACGGCAGCAUAAGAAGCGACAGGCGUUAGAUCAGAAGGAUAUCAACGAACGUAGAGAUCUUAUUCUAGGAAGCCGGAAGGCAGCUCUGACGAUGAAAAGGAGACUAGAGUCACUGCUGGCUGAUCUGAUCGAACAGAGACUCUGCAAACAGGAAGAUAACAAAGUACUGGCGUUGCAACCUGAACAACUCGACAGCAUGCUUAACGACAUACCUCGAGAUACUCCUCAGCCCCAAGCCUUCGAAAAUGCAUUUGGAGCGCUGCAUGAGUUCUCAAUUAAGUUCAAAUCAUUUUCCUCCGCUUCCAGCCACCAGUUCCACAGAGUGACGAAAGAUAUCGCAUUGGAAAUCAGCGAACUUCAGAAGGACAUCCUGACGACUCUAGCACCCAUUAGGCAACGGUUGCAGCACCGCGAUCGGUUGAGGGAACAGAUGGGUCCAAUUAUGGAAAAUAUCAAUCGCCUGCUUGGCGAAUUAAGAUCAGCCGAUCUGUUCAUGAACGCUGCAACAUCCUCAAACGACAAUGAAGAACUUGAAGAAGGCGAGCACGCGCUAAUUGUGAAAAGACUUCUUGUUCCUGCCAACAUCGGAGAGCCUGCAACUUUGCAACUUCGGCUGCUCCACGCAACUAUCUGUGCGGAGCGUUUCACCACCCAGAAUGCGAUCAUUAAGGCUCAACAAAAGCAAGGUGAAAAAUGCGCGGACCCACUUUCCCAGGAGAAGGAGCAGCUGCUAGAGGAGGUUCACAGCCAACUAACCGACGGUUGCAAGCUAUUAGCAUCCGGAUCAGACGCCAAAGAAGGCAUGAAGGAGAGGUUUGCUGAGUACGCAAGGAGGGAGGAAGAUAUUUUGGACACGUGCCGCAAGCAGCACUCAGCAGCAAUUGAUGCAGAAGUGUCUUUAGCAGUCCAAGGCCUUAUAGAUCAAGAAGAUGCGCUUCUACAACUGCACCUCAGUCGGCUCUUGGGCCUAACCUCUGCCGUUCACGGGUCACCUGGGGAUAACCGAAGCGUCAAUCAAAAAGCUUCCAGGUCCCUUCAAAGCUACAGCAAUGACUGCAGAGCACAAUUUAAGCAAGCCCUCAAGACGGCGACAGAAGCGCUGCAGAAACGGCUUGGAGAGGCUCUGGCACGUGACCAAGCCUCAGCAGAGGCCCAACAGCAGCAACGUGAAGCCCUAGUUACAGUUCUUCUUGAUCAGAAAGCUCGGGGAGAGGAGGAAUAUUUGGCAGGUGUCCACCGCCUCGAACGGCAACUCUUACUUCUUUGCACCCAGCUGGCAAUACAGAAUAAAAAGUCGUUUGAAGAAGGAGCAUUUCAGGCUGCGGUGCGUGACUGGACUGAUGCCCUACAGUCCACUAUGAGAACAGAAGCACAAAAUCUUAGGCGUCAAGCCAAGGCAGGCGGCUUAGAAGAGUCAGAAUAUAGGAAGCAAAAGGCAUUGCUUGCUUCUUCACUUGACUUGAACAUCCAGCGAAUCACAAGGGAGCAAUUCGCUAACAAGGUCGAGCGCAUUGAGCAAUUUGAGCGCGAAGCUACGAGGGUUUAUGAAAGCCUGAUGGAUGCAACACGCAAGCGCCAGCGACUUGAGGAGGACUUGAGAAGUGCCGAAGCAGACGUAUUUGCAAGCUUGGUGCGGCUCCGGAUGAAGCAUGCAUGGAGAAGCGCAGCGGAGGAGAGAAAGCUCCUACGUAAUUCCAUCAUCGCAUCAUGGUCACGUGCAACUGCGAAUCAGGAAAGGCUCUUUGGGUUUGAAGUCGACCUACAGGACACUCUUGCUGCCGCUCAGAUAGAAGGAGUGGAUGGAGAUGAACAGAGUUUGCGGCUUCAACGUGACCUGAAGGACAGAAAACAGCAAACUGAAUCUUCAGUGGAAACGAUGAUAGACAAGUGUCGCGAACACCAGGGUCAGCAGCUGGAGGAAAAUUUGGCGCGAAUGGAUGAGCUGCGUCAAGAACAAGAAGAUGAAAUGAAAGUAGCGAUAGAAGACGCUAAGGCUUCGCUGUCAGAGCCCCGCGAACUCUGGCUUCGUGCUCUGAUGAACGAGGCCGACAUUGAUGCAGAAACCCAAGGCAACCUUCAGGCCAUGGGGGAACAGCAUGCACUUAGCGUGGCGGUGAGCUGCCUAGAGGCCGCUGCGCAGCGAUAUUACCACGACGCUGCUGCUGAAGAAAAGGAUAGGGCAGAAUUUGAAUCGCUUGCCUUGGUUGAUGAACAAUCCCAAGCGGAGCAGCUUCAGCAAAGGGUGCUGGAACGAACAAGCCUUUUGAAAACAGUAUUUGAUGAAGAAUUCCACCGGAGUUCCGAUGCGCUACGGGCCACCUUCCAGCAUCACCUAGAGGCUUGCAAAAGGUCUCGAGAAAACAUAAUAGAAGCACAGCACCAGCUAAUACAAAACCGCAUUGUGACUGAUUGUUGGGUUCGGGAGACUCAAGAAAUGCUUCGGCGUGGAACAGCAGUAGCCUCUGCAGGUGGUUUGCAAGAUAGAGGGAGCUUCGCCUUCUCCAACUUUCGCAGUGACUGGGAGGAGGACCUCCUAACUUGGCAGUCCGGGCAAAUUAACGAAAGGCUUGAAGCAAGUGGCAUAGACGACAACCGGCUCAAGCAGCCAAGAGGGCCUGAUUGGGCAGCUUCCUGCGCCUCAUCGGGUCCAAAGGCGCUCGACGGCUUACAGGGAGGCGAUAUCAAUCAAAAUCCUGCGGCUGGACAGGCAUCUUUGGAGGCCCCGCAGGUUACGUUAAAUAGCGAAUUUUGGGCAAAAAACAAGGGCUUUCUGGACAGCAUAUCAAGAGCGCAGAAGGAAAUUAGCCUCGCUGAAUCUGAAUGGCUGCAAAAGUGCAGGGGUAUUCAAGGCGGAAGGACACUAGCAGCUACAGAUGAAGCGAAAAUGACGAGAGCGCAAAAUACACGCCUGGAGCACAUGAAGGAGGCGUUUAGAAGCAAGGCGGCGGAGCUCCGUAAGGACUAUGCGGAAGAAGUGCAGAACUUGCUGGAAGAAGAUAAAGAGGCAGAGGCGCAAAUCGAACGUUCUAGGCAGGCGGAAGCCGCAAAUCUCGAAAUGUCCUUUAGAGUUAAGGAGGCUAGUCAGGACAGCCCUGAGGAACGCGAGAAAUUAAAAAUCCAGAGAGAGCAAGCCCUUGCUGAAAUGUUCAAGGACCUGCAAGCCCAGCGAGAUACCCAAAAAGCGAAUAUCCAGCGGCGGCUCGAAAAGGCAAAGGCAGCGCUUGAGGAGAAACAGGAGCAACUUCUCCAGCAGUUUGAAGCAUGCAAGGAAGAAGCACGCAAAGAAUUCCUGGAGUUAAACAGCAGCAUGUUGGAAAAAGAACGAAAUGAUAAGAAGGCUCAGCUUUUGGCAGCAGCUCGAAUGAACCCAAGCGCCGAAAACAUUUACGCGUUGCACAACCAGCUCAAGGAGGAGUACCAAGAAGAUAUCAAAGCCCUCGUACUCAAACAGAUGCAAGAGAAGGCCAGGUAUAGGCACAACGCUGCGAUGGAGCAAAAAACUGAAGAAGCCAUGCAGAUGGACACAGCUGCUGGCAGCAGUGAGACGGCACCUGCAUUAGAAGGACUAGCUGAGUCUGCAGAGGUUAAAAGGUACACGACCAGGAAAACGUCUGAGCUUCACCAGGCGAAGGUUCGUGAAAUCCAGGAAGCAGCGCAAGAUGCCGCGCUGCAAGAUGAAGCCUUAGGCUUACAGGAAGAGCACCUUGCGCGUGUGAUUGAAACCUUAAGGGAAUUUGCUGGGGCUAGAGAUUCGCCAGCGAGUACUUUGCUUGAGCAGGCUAAACAGGAGAAGUCGCGGCUGAUGCAAGAGCGCGACGAUCUCCGCCGGUUUGUCUCUGCCCGGCUUCAAGAAGUAGAGAAGCUGGUUCUUGAGAGGAAGCAGGCCGAAGAAAAGAGGAAGCAACAGGAGUCUCACGCGGCUGCUCAGCAAAUGAAGAUGGCAGCAAAGGCUCAGGAGGCAGCAGCAAAGAAACAAGCCCAGGAAAAACAGCUACAGAGGCAGCAGCAGAGGCAUGCAGAAGAGGCUCGCAAGUUGCAGCAGUUCAUCGAAGCGAUGGGUUCUGAAGGCAAAACUUUAGAAGACCUCAAGCAGGCUUCACAGCGCCGGAUAGAGAAAUUGCGUCGGGCUACGGAGCGAGAGCGACAGAGGCAAAAAGAAGUGCUUGCCUCCAAGCGCAACUCUCGGGCAGCGAGACAGGCGAAAAAGUCGCGUGAGAGACAAGCGGCCCAUGCAGAAGGAGAACAUGCUGAGAUGCAGGAUGCUCAGGGAUUGCUUCAAACUAUCGCAACGAAGUGCACAGCUACAAUUGGCGAAUCUGCAGAUGCCGACGCAGGCGAAAACGAUUUCAGGAAGUUUGUGUGGAAAAUGGAUGUAAAGGCUUUCGCUGAAGACAGAUUGCAGAGAUUAAGUGAAGCUUUACUGCGAUUCCUUGAAAGAGUCGAAGCCGCAACAAAUUCUGGAGAACAGGAGGAAGCAGGAGUUGCCGUUUCUGGAGAACUUAGGCAGACAGUUUUACAGGUUACAAAACUCCUACAAGCCAUAAACGUAGCUCACGCGGCAUCUAGAAAUUGA